AACUCCUUUUCCUUCUACCACAACCUCUCCUCGCCUCCUUCCUUCUUCCUCCUCUCCUUAGUUCUUCCUUCAGCCAAUUCUCCGUUUGUUUAUUUAACAACAAAAAUUAUCAUUUUUCCUUCUGGAUACUGACACUAGGAACCUCUUGCUGGUUUAAAAAUAAUCCUCUGAAAAUCACCGGUUAUGUCUUGACUAGGCUAUACACAGAUGCUUCUCAUAUCUCCGCAUCUAUCUCGUUUUUCUCCACAAGAAAAUAACCCAAAAAAAUAGAGAAGACUACGAGCUAGGGUUUCUUUGUUUGUACAAAGAUUUGAAGGGAAUUCAAAAAGCUCAAAAAGAAAACUACUCCAAAACCAAUAUAGGGAUCAGUAGUCAUCACCACCAUCAUGUUUAAUCCAAACAUGUUCGAGUCUCAUCAUCAUAUGUUCGAUAUGACCCCAAAAGACUCCGAGAACGAUUUGGGCCUCACUGGGAGCCGAGAUGACGAUUUCGAGACUAAGUCUGGAGCAGAAGUGACCAUGGAUAAUCCAUUAGAAGACGAGCUUCAAGAUCCUAAUCAGCGUCCCAACAAAAAGAAGCGUUACCACCGUCACACGCAACGCCAGAUUCAAGAGCUUGAAUCGUUCUUUAAGGAGUGUCCUCAUCCUGAUGAUAAGCAAAGAAAAGAGCUGAGUCGUGAGUUAAAUUUAGAACCUCUUCAAGUCAAGUUUUGGUUCCAAAACAAGCGCACCCAAAUGAAGGCACAACAUGAGAGGCAUGAGAACUCGAUUCUGAAGUCAGACAACGACAAGCUCAGAGCAGAGAACAAUAGGUACAAGGAUGCUCUAAACAAUGCAACAUGCCCUAACUGUGGUGGUCCUGCCGCCAUAGGAGAAAUGUCAUUCGACGAGCAGCAUUUGAGGAUUGAAAACGCACGUCUACGUGAAGAAAUCGAUAGAAUCUCAGCCAUAGCUGCUAAAUACGUAGGGAAGCCAUUGUUGACUCACUCCUCCUCGGCUUUCCCUCAGCUCACAUCUUCACACCACAUUCCCUCUCGUUCCCUUGAUCUUGAAGUUGGCAACUUUGGGAACACUAACAACAGCCAGACAGGUUUCUUAGGGGACAUGUAUGGAACAAGUGACAUUAUGAGGUCGGUCUCGAUCCCUUCUGAUGCUGAUAAGCCUAUGAUUGUUGAGUUAGCUGUUGCUGCCAUGGAAGAGCUUGUGAGAAUGGCUCAAACUGGUGAUCCCUUGUGGGUUCCGAGCGAUAACUCGGUUGAGAUUCUCAAUGAAGAUGAGUAUUUUCGAACUUUCCCUAGGGGAAUAGGACCAAAACCUAUUGGUAUGAGGUCAGAAGCUUCUAGAGAGUCCACGGUCGUCAUCAUGAACCAUAUCAACCUCGUUGAGAUUCUAAUGGAUGUGAAUCAAUGGUCUAGUGUGUUCUGCGGGAUUGUCUCAAGAGCCUUGACGCUGGAAGUUCUCUCUACUGGCGUUGCAGGGAACUACAAUGGUGCACUACAAGUGAUGACAGCUGAGUUCCAAGUCCCGUCACCACUUGUCCCGACACGUGAGAACUACUUUGUAAGGUAUUGUAAGCAGCACAGCGACAAUACUUGGGCGGUUGUUGAUGUCUCUUUGGACAGUUUAAGACCAAGUCCCAUCACUAGAAGCAGAAGAAGACCCUCUGGUUGUCUUAUUCAAGAAUUGCAGAAUGGCUAUUCGAAGGUGACAUGGGUAGAGCAUACGGAGGUGGAUGAUAGAUUGGUUCACACCAUGUACAAACCGUUGGUUAAUACCGGUUUAGCUUUUGGUGCCAAACGUUGGGUGGCUACACUUGACCGCCAAUGCGAGCGGCUCGCUAGUUCGAUGGCCAGCAACAUUCCAACCGGUGAUCUUUCCGUGAUAACGAGUCCUGAGGGGAGAAAGAGCAUGAUGAAGCUGGCUGAGAGGAUGGUGAUGAGCUUCUGCAGCGGAGUAGGCGCGUCUAAUGCACACGCAUGGACGACAUUGGCCACCACAGGAUCCGACGACGUUCGGGUCAUGACAAGGAAGAGCAUGGAUGAUCCAGGAAGGCCUCCGGGGAUAGUCUUGAGCGCCGCUACUUCCUUCUGGAUCCCAGUAGCACCUAAACGUGUAUUCGAUUUUCUGAGAGAUGAAAACUCUAGAAGCGAGUGGGAUAUACUUUCGAACGGAGGCUUGGUUCAAGAAAUGGCUCAUAUAGCGAAUGGUCGUGACCCUGGGAACUCUGUCUCCUUGUUCCGUGUUAAUAGCGCGAACUCAGGACAGAGCAACAUGUUGAUCUUACAAGAAAGCUGUACGGACGAAUCAGGAUCGUAUGUGAUAUACGCACCAGUUGACAUAAUGGCGAUGAACGUUGUCUUAAGCGGUGGGGAUCCAGAUUACGUCGCUUUAUUGCCAUCCGGGUUCGCUAUAUUGCCUGAUGGCUCUUCAAGAGUGAAUGCUAGUGCUGGAGCUGAAGGAGGAGUGGAUGGAAAUAACCUCGAAGUGGUUGCUUCCACUACAAGUAAUGGCGGUUCGCUGCUAACCGUAGCGUUUCAGAUUCUUGUUGACUCUGUUCCAACCGCUAAGCUCUCUCUAGGAUCUGUGGCUACAGUCAACAGUCUGAUUAAAUGCACUGUUGAGAGGAUCAAAACUGCCUUGGCAUGUGAAGGUGCAUGA